AUGUUAGUAUUUUUGAUUAUCACUAAAAUCUUUGAUUGGAUUGGAUUUUUCAGUAAACUCUUUAUUGGGAAAGAACCUGAAAGAAUACGUGGUCCCAAGGGUCCUGAGGUUGAUUUAUCUAACCUUUUCGGCUUGCUUUUUGGUGGGAACGAGGGAAAAGAUAGGGUUAGAAGGCGGAGAGGUGGUGGCGGUGGUGAUGGAGGCCUUCUUAAACUAUUAUUUGCUCCUUAA